AAGAAAAUUGGGUCUCAGUGAAGAAACCCAGAUACUAUUCUCUCUUCCUUCGUUUUGUAGCUCUCCAUCCAAUUCAACCUUUUAGCAUCCGACAACGUGUCCUCAUCCUAACGGUCCAUUCCCACCCACCCACUUGCUUUUGCCCUUCUUUUCUUCAACGACCCCACCACUCGCUCGUAAUACAAAUAUCAUCUCCGCACGGCUCUUCUCCUCACUCUCUCUCUCACUCUCUCUCAUCCAAUGGCCCGCCUCCCUCUCCUCCUCCUCCUCCUCAUCCCCUCCCUCUGUUUCGCCGUUGAGCUCGACGAUUCCGACGACCUCCUGAUCCAACAAGUAGUCCCGCAAAACGAGGAUCCUUUGUUGAACGCCGACCACCACUUCUCCCUCUUCAAGGCCGAGCACGGGAAAUCCUACGCCACCCAGGAGGAGCACGAUUACCGAUUCUCCGUCUUCAAGGCUAACCUGCGCCGCGCGAAGAGACACCAGAAGCUCGAUCCUUCGGCUGUGCACGGCGUCACCAAGUUUUCGGACCUUACCCCGGCCGAGUUCAGGAGGAACUUCCUUGGGCUGAAGCGGAGGUUUAAGCUUCCGUCUGACGCUCAGAAGGCCCCGAUUUUGCCGACGAAUGACCUUCCCGCUGACUUCGAUUGGCGCGACCACGGCGCCGUCACCGGCGUCAAAGAUCAGGGUUCUUGUGGAUCAUGUUGGUCUUUUAGCACGACUGGAGCGUUGGAAGGAGCUCAUUAUCUUGCCACUGGAGAGCUUGUGAGCCUCAGUGAACAACAGCUUGUGGAUUGCGACCAUGAGUGCGAUCCCGAGGAGCGCGAUUCAUGUGAUGCAGGGUGCAAUGGUGGGCUGAUGAACAAUGCCUUCGAGUACUCACUCAAGGUAGGUGGACUCCAAAGAGAGGAAGACUAUCCUUACACUGGCAGAGAUGGCACUUGCAAAUUUGACAAUAGCAAGAUUGCUGCAUCAGUUUCCAACUUCAGCGUUGUUUCUGUUGAUGAAGACCAAGUAGCUGCAAAUCUUGUUAAGAAUGGCCCUCUUGCAGUGGGAAUCAAUGCAGUUUACAUGCAGACUUACGUCGGGGGAGUUUCAUGCCCAUACAUAUGUGCAAAGCGUCUUGAUCACGGAGUGGUGCUUGUGGGCUAUGGCUCUGGUGCAUAUUCCAUAAUUCGGUUCAAGGAGAAGCCUUACUGGAUCAUAAAGAACUCAUGGGGAGAAAGUUGGGGAGAGAAGGGGUACUACCAUCUCUGCAGAGGCGCCCAUGCUCAUAACCUCUGUGGGGUGGAUUCCAUGGUUUCAACUGUUGCUGCUGCCCAUGUCAACAAGUAGAUUUUUAGUGACCUUAUGAUGGUAUUAUGCAAGGUUCCUUUCUCAGUCUGUUUAAACUAAGCGAAUUGGAACAUGGAAUUUCUGAACGCAGCAUUCCGAUUGUAUGUAUAUAUGUCUAUUUGAUUCCAAGGGUAUUAUCGACAUGCUCAAACUGGAUAUUUAAGAAACUGGUGAUUGUUAAAUAUGGAGCAUUUGUUAGCUUA